CAUGUCAAUCAUUGUGUAGCCCCGCCCCCCAGCUGACCACCGUCGAGUGACGAAAGCACGAGCGCAGGUGCACAGCCUGGGAACUGCAUCCAAACCACACCAAAUAAACCUCCUCUUACGAUGGCCUCAGCUAAUGAUGCUCGAUAUGGACAAAAAGAGUCUACGGAUCAGAACUUUGAUUACAUGUUUAAGAUCCUGAUCAUUGGUAACAGCAGUGUUGGAAAAACCAGUUUCCUGUUCCGCUAUGCUGAUGACUCCUUCACACCCGCUUUUGUCAGCACUGUCGGCAUAGACUUCAAAGUGAAGACCAUCUAUCGGAAUGAUAAGAGGAUAAAGCUCCAAAUAUGGGACACUGCUGGGCAGGAAAGGUACAGGACCAUCACCACUGCAUACUAUCGUGGAGCUAUGGGCUUCAUUCUUAUGUAUGACAUCACCAAUGAGGAUUCCUUUAAUGCCGUUCAGGACUGGUCCACCCAGAUUAAGACAUAUUCAUGGGACAAUGCUCAAGUGCUGUUGGUGGGAAAUAAGUGUGACAUGGAAGACGAGAGAGUGGUUGCUUCGGAGAGAGGAAGACAGCUGUCCGAACAGUUAGGCUUUGAGUAUUUUGAGGCCAGUGCCAAGGACAACAUCAACGUGAAGCAGGCAUUUGAGCGUCUGGUGGACGUAAUCUGUGACAGGAUGUCAGAGAACGCGGAGUCGGUGGAUCCGUCCAUCGUCGGAAACAAGCAGGGCCCUCAGCUUAAUGAGCAGCCACAGCGCUCCAACAAGGACUGUGCUUGCUAAGGGUCCCUUUCAACCUCUCAACCAUUCCCCUGCAGAUUGAACAAUGGACCGCUCUACGAAGGAAGGCUUUGGUAAGAAGAUUUGAUGGGAUGCGGCUGAGAGCCCGUCUUCUCUUUUGGUUGACAUCAGCGCAUUUGUGUUUUUCUGAUUAUGUUGGUAUUGGUAGCCAAUGCUCCUCUUAUCUCGUAAUACUUUAACUGAAUCUUUACAGUACUUUUUGGCGAAAUUUCGGAAUAAUUAGAAGCAUAUUUUGUGUAAAAUGAAUUCCAACGUAAAGUGUUCAUGAGCAUUUUUAUGUAUGUUUUGGGUUUCAUCAAAUUUACACAAAUAUCCCGAAUACAUUGCCAAAAGAUAUUUUAUUAUUAUAAUAACAGGUUGGGCUUUUUGUGUGGAAAUAUCAGCAUAAAGGCUCAUCCCAACAUGGGUAGUUUGAAUGAAUCCUAAGCUUGAAUGUUUCAUAAAGUACUGUUUCGCUCUCUUAUUUAUUUUUUUAAAUGAAAGAGUGAAAACCAAAUGAAAACACUCAUUUAACUCCCUAAUACUUUUAAAUAACAGCAGGUGUAUUUUGUAAAACAUAUUACAUAAGAAAAAAUGUUAUAUGUGUAAUUCUAGAUGUAAUUAGGAAGAAAUGACUAUGAUGCGCUUAAUUGCUUCUUGUUUUUUGUAAUAUGGAGGAAUUAAUGAAUUUAAGUGUUUUUUUUUUCAGUUACAUGUUCUGCUUUUACUCCGGUUCCCACACAUAGUGGACUCAAACUCCCCAUUUUACCAUGAAUUAAAAAGAGAGUGUUUGUGUGCAUGUUAGUAUGUCAUCCUAGUGUGGAUAUUUAGCGUCUACAGGCUUAAAACACAAUUAUACUUUAAUAAAGAGAAACUUUAUCAAAUAAUAGCAGCUAAUGUGUGGACAAGAUUACAUUUUGAAAAGACGGUAAUAUUAAAACCGAAUCCGUUAUCAUUUAGGGAUCGGAAAAACUACAAAUACUGCAAAGAUAUUAAUUAGUUAUCAGGUUGAAUAUGCACGAGUUAUUGAUCAUGCGUGUCAGGUAAAUCACUAGAUUGUUAAUUAUGUUAUUAUUAUUAAAUGUUAACUUAUUGCGUAUUUAUUUACAUGUGUUUUAUUGGUGUACGUGUUCUGCGUUAGAUCAAGAGGACUACUGCUAUUCUUAUAAAACAGGGCUGAAUCGCUGAAAUGUCUCACUUUUAUAAAACAGAUAAGAGGAUGACUGAUUGAAAACCUCAUGUGCUGAUUAUUCCCUAUGCAAUUCAGAAGCUUUGUUAUACCAAAUAGUCACUGGAUAUGUGGUGUUUAUAAGGUGCGUAAUUUAUACCUUAAGUUUAUAUCCUGUUUACAGUCCGUCCUAAACAAAUAGCAAACCACUGGGAUUUACUUGUUUUUUUUUUUAUACAGAGAAGUUUAACACUGGUACGCUUUACUGUAUACUGUAUAUGUAGAGUAAUCACUGUUAAAGUACAAGUCGUAAAUCUUAGUUUAGGCAGAAGUUUUGGUUUUGAUACUCGUUUUGUUGUUGGGCAGUUUUGUUCGUUUGUUUUGUAAAUUGUACAAUAGUUCUCCAAUUUCCACACUAUGACACAAGACAAGAAAACACUAUGGAUAUACGUCAUAUAAUGCAGUUUUUCACCCUGAGAGUGAAUGGGUAGAACCACUGUAUUAGCAACUGAUAUAAGCAGGACUCUCGAUGUUAUGAGUCUUAUUCUGAAUAAAAUGGCCACUUGCAUCUGUUUGAGUUAAAUAAAAAGCUAUGUUUGAAUCCUA